AUGUGUAAUAUUGUAGAAGAGAACCCUACAAAACUUGUCGCUUCAUGUUUGGUUUGGUGAUAUAGAUUUUCCUCGCGGUCUGCGUGUGAAGUUGGAAACCCUCUCGGUAGAUUUCUCAAUGCUCAAAAUCUGAUAGCUGUUCAAUUUUAACUCGUAUCGUAGAUUCAUAGGGCUUCCUUUCUGGAUCUCAUCUGAUUACUUGUUUUUCCAAUUAUUGGAAAAUCGGAAUGUUAUUGCUUUUAUCUGAAUUGGUUUUCGUUUCUACUCUGUUGGUUUGUACGUCCGUCGACAUUUUUUGUUUUGACAUUGCAAUAGUAGCACCCUUUGUACAGGAAGUUUGUUUUAACUAGAGACUUGUGUCUAUGUAGUAUUAGAUUGAAGGAUCUGAAUAGAGGCAGAAUAGAGGUAGAAGAUCCAUAUUGUGACCGAGACCCAAAUUUGAUGAUGCUUAGUUGAUUGAUUGAUAUUAUCCAUGGGACUUCCAUAUGAGUAUUUUCACUUUUCUGUGACAUUUUUGGCGUUCAAAAGAUACCCUCCACUAUAUCUUGACGUGCAUGAUAUGCUGUGACAAAGGGGUAACACAAGUUGAAUAACUUCAAAUUAAGAAGUUAUGGGAAAGGACUCCAAGUCUAAGGAUUCUGGAAGCAAGGGAAAGGGUAAACAGGCUGCUGGUGGAAGCGAGGAUGUUGCUUCAAAAGGAAAAGGAAAAGCUGGGAAAGGAGAUGGCCUUGGAACCUGCACAUACGUUAAAGCAAGGCAUGUGUUAUGUGAGAAGCAGUCGAAGAUUAAUGAAGCAUAUAAAAAACUACAGGAAGGCUGGCUGGACAAUGGAGAUAAAGUUCCACCAGCUGAGUUUUCCAAGGUAGCUGCAGCUUACUCGGAAUGCCCCUCAGGAAAGAAAGGAGGAGACCUGGGAUGGUUUCCACGUGGCAAGAUGGCAGGCCCGUUUCAGGAAGUCGCCUUCAAUACCCCUGUUGGAGCUACCAGUGCACCCUUUAAAUCAACACAUGGAUACCAUUUCAUUUUAUGUGAAGGGAGGAAGAACUGAGAUCUCUGAGCAUCUACGUGGUAGUGGCAGUUGUAGCAGAGAACUGGUUAUUUGGUCAUCUGAUACUGCUGUGACUGUGCUCUGGUUAAGUUGAUAAAAUUUUACUGGUGUGUGGAUUGCAAGUGUAAUGCUAAACUGGUAAACAUACCAAAAUGAUUGUAUCAAAGUAUCUUGUUGGCUCAUGUGUGUUAAUAAUGGUUAUUUUGAAGUCUA